GGGGCAGCUGCUCGAUUUUCUAUCUUCCCGAUUGGUCCAGAACUUUCGGGGUGUCAAUUUAGGGGAGGAUAGGUCCGCUGCUGGCGCGGAUCGCCGAAGCUGGUUUGACGCGUGGAAGCCGGCAGAGCGAGUGUGUAGACGAGUCGCGCCCGAGGCCUGUGCACCUUUGUGCUUAUGAGCGAGUUUUCUUCCAUUUUGGUUGAAGACGUGGACGAGCUCAGAAGUUGUAUUUGGACGUGCUGUAUAUUGACUCUACUUCGUUUUUUUACCAAAAUGUCUCUCGCUCCUUACUUGUGCAACAGUGCCUUGCAGGCAGCUAUGCACGAUCUGUCACGUUUGACACCGUCCAUUUUCGACCAGAACUUCGGUCUUGGUGUCCUUCAUGAUGACCUUGUACAUCCUCCCUUGAUGCCAGUGCCCCUGUUUUCUGGCUACCUGCGUCCCUGGCGCCACCAAUCCACUCGAAAUAGCGGCGUUUCAAAUAUCCAAAACAAUCAGGAUGGAUUCAAGGUAAACUUGGAUGUCCAGCAGUUCAAACCUGAAGAAGUAAAUGUAAAAGUUGUGGACAACUACAUUGUUGUUGAGGGCAAGCAUGAGGAACGCGAGGACGAACAUGGUCACAUUUCUCGCCAGUUUCAACGCCGCUACAGAAUUCCCGAGGACGUAAAUGUUGAUGCCCUAGUUUCCAAAUUAUCUUCUGAUGGAGUACUUUCAAUUGAAGCGCCAAAAAAAGCCUUACCUCCUCCCACCAAGGAACGCAAGAUCGAAAUUGCCUUAACAAAUGCACCUGCUGUGACGGCCAAACCAGCUGCUACAAAGGAUGCCCCUGAGAAAAUGGAUCAAUAAAUGUUCUCAAAGUUUAUUAAUUUGCAUUUUUAAUUCCUUGUAAGACUGAAUUUUUGUGAACUGGAAUUUCCAGUAGAAGACUGAAGGAGCAUGAAUUGGAAGACUGAUUAAAAUACAUUCUUAAAUCAUGGAUUUCU